AUGGCUUCUACAAAGGACCAGACCUACCCUCUCCAGGGCAAAGUGGCUCUUAUCACGGGAGCCGGUCGAGGCAUCGGCCGCGGCAUCGCGCUGGAGCUCGGCCAGCGCGGCGCGUCCGUCGUCGUCAACUACAGCCGCUCCUCCCAGGCGGCGGCCGAGGUGGUUGCCGCCAUCGCGAGCGCCGGCGGGCAGGCCAUCGCGAUCCAGGCCGACGUGUCCAAGGUGUCCGAGGUGACGCGGCUGUUCAAGGAGGCGCUGCAGCACUUUGGCCGGCUCGACAUUGUCGUGUCCAACUCGGGCACCGAGGUGUUCAAGCCCGAGGACCAGGUCACCGAGGAGGACUACGACCGCAUCUUCAACCUCAACACCCGCGCCCAGUUCUUCGUCGCCCAGCACGCCUACAGGGAGCUCCAGAACGGCGGCCGCAUCAUCUUCACGUCGUCCGUCGCUGCAACCAUGUCCGGCAUCGGCAACCACGCGCUCUACGCCGGUAGCAAGGCCGCGGUCGAAGGCUUCACCCGCAGCUUCGCGGUCGAUUGCGGCCAUAAGAAAAUCACCGUCAACGCCAUCGCUCCGGGCGGUGUCAAGACGGACAUGUAUGACGAAAACGCAUGGCGCUACUCACCAGGGGCGACUCCCUCCUCGUCCAUGGCAGAGAUCGACAAGGGCUUGGCCGCCUGCUGUCCUCUGGGGCGCGUUGCAGUGCCCCAGGACAUCGCGCGAGUUGUUGCCUUCCUGGCACACGCUGACAGCGAAUGGAUCAAUGGCCAGGUGAUUCUUCUCACUGGUGGUUCUUUCACGUAG